GGUGGGACGUUGUAGCACAUUUCCAUUGAUUUGAUUUUGCCACGACGUGUCAUUAGGUUACACGAACAGACCAGACCAGAAGCUCAAGGAUGUUGAGUCACGACCACUCGAAAGAACGGCAAACGUUGGCCGUCAGACUCGCCGACCAAUAUUUGUCCUCCAAGUGUAUAAAGGCAGCUGAACAGCAUGCACGCUUCAUUCUUUGCCGCCAGACUCGUUGUGCUUGCUGCCAUCGCCUUAGCUGUUUCUGCUCAGGCUGAGAGUCAGUAAUACUUCGAGAUUAGAUGAUGCCAACACUUAUGAUACGUCUAGGUCAUCUUCCCGAAGGUUGUGACCGUAGUGUAACUGUUCAAUCUGGAGAUACAUGUGACAAAAUCUCCGCGGCACACAGUGUUUCCACAUACCAGCUGGCGGCAGUCAACAGCAAAAUCAUUGACAGCGGUUGCGAUAAUUUGGCCAUCGGAGAAGUUAUAUGCCUUGGAAUCAAAGACCAUGAUUGCAAGGAUACCCAUGUUUUGAAGAGCGGCGAAACGUGCCAUAGCGUUGCCGAUGCGGCUGGUAUCCCGGAAAAGACGUUGCUCGCGAACAACCCGAACGUAGGCUCCGACUGCAGUAGCAUAUAUCCUGGCGAGGUUCUCUGUACUGCGAAAAAGGUCUAUGUGAAGGCCACCUAAUCAAAAAGCUGAAAGUGGCGAAAAGGAAUUGCAGAUGUUCCU